GGUAGUAGUAGGGAUUGACAUGUCGCGCAGAAAGGAUACGCUACGAAACAAGUGGUGUUUAUCGCUUCGGUAGUAACGUGCCGGCAGCGGUGACGGAACGCGUCUUUCGUAACUCGCCAAAGAAAAAUAAUGCGUUCGAAGUGGAUCGAGCACGAGCCGACUCUCGACGAUCGUAGUGCCUCGUAGAACGCGCACGUCUCGUUCCUUCGAUCCUAACCAAAGUGCUCGCGAUAGCGUUCGUAGGUAGUUGUGCGACACAACGGUAGAAACUUUAAGGAAAACGAAGAUAGAUAAUAAAGCGAUAGAUGUAACAUUGGCGUUGGUGAUAAGAAAAUUAGUGAUAUUGUUAUUACUUUGACGGAGACUCGAGUGGACUGGGAGAGCGCAUGUUGCUCUCUUCGAGAUUCGAUCGGUCAAAGAACAGCUGGGAGAAAAUUUCGAAAAGGAAAUGUUUUAAAACGCAGUCCCUUCAGUCGCAUCGUACAAGGGUGAAAGACCAAUCGUGUAGAUCGAGUCAUGACGGCAUAUUGGUUCAACGUCAUUCUUUUCAGGGUCUUCUUUCCGGCCGUAUUAGCAGGAUGUACGAUAUGGCGACCGGUAGGACUAUCUCUCGUAUAUUUGGGACUCAUGUUAUACUCGCCGAUGGUCCCAACGCCCACAAGCAAGACUAUGUCCGGUCAUACGGGACUUUAUUUGAAGGCAAGCAUCUGUUUGUGCUUCCUCGUAGCCAUAACUCAGCUCACGUUUCACAUAGUUUUAUUAGCGAUGCUGCCAUAUGGCCAUUUUCUUCAAGACUGUCAAUUUAUGGAAAAACUGUUCAGACACAUAGGUUUAGUAAAACUAGAUAACACAUCGGUAUGGGAGGUGUUUUACUGGCUGACACCGGAAUUGAUUCUUUUACCGACAACGAUAAUUACAUACGUCGCGUGUCGUUUCUUAACGCAAAGUAAACCGAGCGAUGACGAAGGGGAAGUAUCAGUUCAACGUCUAAACGAUUCCGCCAAGAAAACCGAGGAUAGGACCACGAAGAUAAUCAACUUCUUCGGUCAUAUCGGCACGUACGUCGUUCUUGCCUCCUUGUGCUGUACGGCAUCUUUGAAGCCAUCGGUGGAAGGAGCGUUCUACUUUCUGGUUUUUCUCGGUGCCGCCACAUGGUGGGCUUGCAACAGAGAAUUGCGAAAAGGUUUUGCAAUUAUAUGCAAAAUCGUUAUGGUCGUGGUGAUCGUACACAUUCUGGCGCUACUCAGUUAUCAGAAUCAAUGGCCUCAAGAACUCAUACCGGUCAAUAGCACAUGGUCUCGUUAUUUCGCGCUCACUGCGAUUUAUCAUACCAACUGUAGUCGACCGACGUACGUGGAAUAUGCGGAUAAAAGCGAUUGGCUGCCUUACGGAUAUGCAUUGAGACUCUUCUGGCUCUACUACGUUCUGGCUCUGCAAUCUCGAUUUCUCAGUAAAAAACCAGCAAAGAAAGUGGCACGAUUAAGCGGUAAGCUCGAGAACUUGGACACGCCAUUGUCCAGACACGUUUCGAUCAGACGAAGGACACCGUCCCAAAGAUGGCAAUCCGCACGACGGAAGGCUCGCAGGCCGAUCAUUGAUACGUCGACGACGAUUCCCGACGAGAGGACACCCUUGAUGCGUUUUGGAUCUGGAAGAACAGGACUUUUGCAAGACUCCACCGGCAGCGUUAUCAUACAAGAUGGUCAUCAAGAUGACGGCAUUCAAUUGCAAAGUCUCAGCGAUGGCGUGCCUGGAGACAAUCCUGGAAUUUUUGAACAUAUCAUUAUGGCAGUGUACUCGAUAUUUCAGUUACUAAUCAAUUCCUCUUACCUCGCUAUGAAUAUCAUCAUGAUGACGUGGAGUAUAAUGUAUCACAGUUGGAUGACAUUCGCCCUUUUACUUUGGGCUUUAAUCCUAUGGAUGAUGUCCAAUAAACGUGCUUCGAUGAUGAAAUGUUCACCCUUCAUCGUCUUUUAUUCGACUCUUUUGUUACUUGGACAAUACGUUUACAGUAUGGAUUUGACCGAGGAAGAACUACCGACGACGGUCAACGGCAUAAAAAUAUCCGAGAUAGGCUUCAGCAAAGCGCAAGAGCUCAGCCGUUGGCAUCUGAUCGUUAAGUGUUCGUUCAUGUUGAUAUUUUGGAUCACGAUGAGACAGUAUACAGCAGAGUGGAAACAACAGAGACGACUGUCAACUUUGAGAGACAUGGUUGCGCCUUUGCACGUUUCAGUUACCACAGCCACCACAGCUAUGAAUUACGAAGUGCAAGAAGUGAAAAGCAAAUUUAUGGAAGACGUUGGUAUAAUCUUGAAACAACUUUUGACAAAAUUCUGGAUAGCCGUUGUAGCUAUUAUGCUCUUCAUUUGUGGUAUCACCGGUGAACGAAUGACAGUUUUUAGGAUUAUUUACAUGUCGUUGUUCCUCUUCUUCGUGAUCACAUUUCAGAUAUCCUGGUUAGUAUGGAGAAAAGUGAUGUAUACAUUCUGGAUAACCGUCAUUGGAUAUUCGGUAAUCAUGUUGAUACUCGUGUAUACCUAUCAAUUCCAAAAUUUUCCGGAAUAUUGGAAUUACUUGGGCAUAAACAAACAAUUACAAAUGGAUAUUGGCUUGGAAAUAUAUGAAACGAAAGAUUUCUUCGUAAGACUGCUGAUACCAACAUUUUUCGUUAUUAUCACGGUGGUUCAGAUGCACUAUUUCCAUAAUGACUUCUUAAAGAUAACGACUAUCGAUAAACUCGGAUCAGAAAGUGCUCUUAGACGAUCGAGUCUCGGGCAUAAUCCUAGUUUAAAUCCUUCCACAACGUCGCCUACAGAAAUUAUUCUUGGAGAAGAAGAGACAUCCAAUGUCUACACUUUGAAUCAACUUAAACGAAUGUCAAGAUUGGAAAAAAUCGAAUUUAUAAGAAAUUUAAUGAAUCAUAUAUACAAUUUUUACAAUUACACUUGGUUGUUCCUUGAAAUUCACAUGCAGAAAAUUAUCUUUAUUUCUCUGAUUCUUUUGUGUAUCAGUGACGUAUGCGCAAUAAACUUCCUCUUCGUCCUUGCCAUAGUUAUCGUGAUUAAUUUCAAUAGGAACAUACAGAUCAUGUCGAUCAACAUUAUAGUUGCGAUCAUUGCCCUCUUGAUGGUAACGAAGAUGUUGUAUCAAAUAAAGUAUAUCGAUCAUAGUAAUUGGAAUGUAAAUUGCACGAAAGAAGUUAACGAAAAUAUAGGAAAGUACGCUAGCAAUGACACCGUAUACAACAUCGCAGAAUGGUUUGGUAUAAAGAAAGGUGAACCAGGACAUCUUGCAGAACUGUUGAAGGGAUACAUUGGUAUCGUCACAGUAACGACCUUAAGAAAAAUCAUUCGAAUUCGACAGUGGUUUUUUCGACAAAAAAAAGGGGAAUCUUUGGACACUCCUCAAGUCAUGUUUCCAAAUAUUGUCAGAGCAGACGCAGACAAGGGUAUACCAGAAUGCUUGAAGUUCCUCUUUAAUUAUGGAUUUUAUAAAUUCGGCCUUGAGAUCUGCCUUAUCGGAAUUGUGGCACUUAUUGGCAUGAGACUCGACUUUUACUCCGUCCUUUAUGGUUGUUGGCUUCUAUUGUUCUUCUUAUUAAAGAGGAAAACCAUUUCUAGGAUAUGGCCGUUCUUUAAAACGUUCGCUAUAAUAUCGUUGCCUGUACAAUAUGCUUUGGUGGUAGCACCACCUACGUGGUUUUGCAUAGAAUAUCCUUGGAGUCAUUCGGAGAUGUUACGAAGGCUGCAAGAAUGGAUGUAUUUCCCAGAUCCAGAUUUUCCACCGAAUCCUAAGAAAUUAAUCUGUGACUUUUUAUUACUGAUGAUGAUCAGUCGGCAGAGCCUUGUCUUUAAUAUUGAACAAAAUAUCUUAACGUCCGGUCAAGAAUUCGUGGCCGGCCAUAACUUUUCUGUUUAUCAAAACAUGGACAAUCCGAAUUUUAUAAAUCCUGUUAAAGACUACGUCUCUCACAUACAUAGCUGGUUAGACGUAUUUAAACGUGGCAGCAUGAUGAGUCUAAUGUGGAUCACUCUUUCCAUUAUGUUUUUGGCUGGAACAAAAAGAACGAAUUUGUUCUCCCUUGGAUAUCUUAUCUGUGCCUUUGUAUUACUAUGGCAAGGUAGCGAUUUCUACUUGAGACCAGUCAGGACGAUACUCAAUUGGUGGAAGAUGUUACUUGGUUAUAACGUCAUUGUGAUCUUUUCAAAAUCCUUACUUCAAGGUGUCGGCUGCGUUCUGAUACAAGAGCUACAAGAUUCUGCCUGCUGGCUGAUCCAAUUACUAGGUAUCGCCUGUCUAAAAAAGUUCCACAGCGCAACCGACAAUUUAGGAAUCGGAGGAGACACUUGCCAAAUACCACGAGAGGACAUCGGCAUGGUUUGGGAUGGAUUAUGUUUUGGCUUUCUCUUGAUUCAACUGCGCUUCUUUAAAAGCUAUUAUUUCUUCCAUAUCGUGGACGAAACGAAGGCAAUGAGUAUAUUAGCAUCACGAGGGGCUGAGCUUCUUGAGGAGCUGCAUCAGAAACGCAUAAAGAUCCAAGAUAAUGUGGAAAAGGCUAUCCUACAGAAACUCAAACACAAGAUGGACAAGAUUAAAGCUAAUCAAAGAAAAAUUCAGGGACCAUCGUAUAGAGAACCUGAAACCCAUCAAAUAGAUACUCUUUAUCCAGGGACUCGGCCUUUGUACAGAGUUCGCGUGCCAAAGACCAACAGAGAGGCCAUCAGAUCAGGCGACUACUAUAUGUUCGACGAUUUGGACGACGAUGAUAUAACCGAUAUUGUGGCUGAUACCGAGAUAGAACGAAAGGAGGCAGAACAACUCCCCGAAGAUAUACGCGACGAAAGAAUGACGAUAAUGGAGCUGAUGGAUACGCUGAUUAAGACAGACAUUGCGAUAGCGACCCACGUUGCCAUGUAUGGAGGAUCGAAAAAGGAUGCGUUGAGACUUCGCCGUCGGAGCGUACCGCUGACGCGGAAGAAAUCGUCCAUGUCCUAUCUGAGCGCGCGAUCCGAGAACGAGACUGCCGUGCCGACCGACGUUGCUGAUCGAACGAGCAUUACGUCGGAAGAGAUCGAAUCGGAAGAAAAAGAAUUAGCAACCGUGGACUUGACAAAACCACCACCUUCCGAGGAUGAACGAGAGGAAGAAGAUAAGACGUUGGAAAGGAGUGUCGAAGAGGAUGAUGAAAAAGCAAAAAAAGUUUCCGUUUCUACGUAUUUUCAAUUCGUUUGGGUAAUAAUCAAUAGUACUCUGAUCUCGAUGACUAAGUAUCUCAAUCAAUUUUCACGAGAUUAUAGAUAUAUUCGCAAGAUUUUAGCGAUGGAGAAGAAAAUAUUAAAGGAAAAAUCGGAUUUCAGAACGGGUUUCAGAUUAGGAAUUAAUCAAAUGUGGCAACCGAUACCACUGGUACAAGAAAGAUCGACAACUAAUGAAGAUACAGAAGGAGCUAAUAAUCCCGGUGAAGGUCCUAGUCAGCAACAAUCUCCGAGAGUCGAGAGGAAGGAAAACUCGCUGACAGUACCUCACAUACGAAUCCUGGCGCCAAGUUUGGAGCGAGGAUUGAACAAGUCCUCCUCUAGGUACGUUUACACAGUUCCCGAGCUGAGCUUUAAAUGUGCUUUUAAUAUUGACGAUUUGCAGAAACUAAUAAAAGAAUAUACAUUUGUUUUCUGCAAAUUUGUAUCGAAGAAUAAUGUCAAACUGAAAGCCGUGCCUGAUCCAAGAAUACUUUCUGCACGCAGCGUGAUUUUCUCGCAAAUGUCGCAAGACCAAGUCGAAGAGGAGGUUGCAGAAUUGUCCGAAGUUGAUCAACCACCGAUAAUUCAAUUGGCAGCAUCGAUAUGGUUUGGAAUUCUGGCACAUUCGAGCCUGCUGUGUUAUUUUAUGGUAUUUCUUCAUCAAAUUAAAAAUGCCUCCGUUAUCUCCACGCCAUUACCUCUGAUGGUGUUUUGUUGGGGUUCUCUGACGAUUCCGCGACCUUCGAAAACUUUUUGGGUGACUUUAAUCGCUUAUACGGAGGCAAUCGUCAUUAUGAAAUGCAUUUUCCAAUUGGAGCUCAUUCCUUGGAAUCGAAAAGCAGCAUCUAGUCAUCCGCUCUUCGGACCCAGAAUCAUUGGCGUUGAACGACAACGAAAUUAUGCGCUAUGGGAUUUAUUGUUACUGCUUAUGGUUUUCUUCCAUAGAUUCAUGUUAAAAUCAUUGGGACAGUGGACCUCGCCGUCGAUAAAGCCAAGAAAGAUUAUCCCUUCUAAUUUGACAGUGGUUGAGUCAAAACCUCCCGAUCCUCCUUCUGGAGACGGCCAAGCGGAAGAAUCGACGACUUCUUGGCAGCAAGAGACUGCAGAAGCAUCCGGCAUUAUUAGAACACCAAAGGGUCAAAUUUUAAAUAUUAAUGAUAAAACGGAUUCGCAGAAUCGCGCAGUAACGGUAAAUGAAAACGAGAAGCUUGUAGCUAUCCAAGGCGAAGAGAUACAUCCUUACAAGGAGAACAUCUCAACAACCAUGAAUUUGACAUUUAACAAGUAUCUAGAACCUAUGAAAAAAUUCUUCACUAAAAUUCUUAGUCCCGUCGGCAAAGAGAAAACAAACGUCUAUGCGUACAUGUUUCUUUGCGAUUUCUUUAAUUUCCUUCUGCUGAUUUUUGGAUUUUCUGCCUUCGGGACACAGCAGGGCGAUGGUGGAGUGACGGCUUAUUUGCAAGAAAACCGAGUACCCAUGCCUUUCCUGCUGAUGUUAUUACUUCAAUUUGCUUUAAUAGUUAUCGAUAGAGCCUUGUUUUUGAGAAAAUCCAUUGUCGGAAAGUUGAUCUUUCAAUAUUGCCUGAUAUUUGGAGUUCACAUGUGGAUGUUUUUCAUAUUACCGAGUGUUACGGAAAGACAAUUUAAUGACAAAUUACCACCACAGAUUUGGUACAUGAUGAAAUGUUUUUAUUUAUUGCUCGCAGCGUACCAAUUGCGCCAGGGAUAUCCAACUCGCAUACUUGGCAAUUUCUUAUGCAAGAAAUAUACCAUAGUAAAUUUCGUCUUAUUUAAAGGAUUCAUGUUGGUUCCAUUCUUGUUUGAAUUGCGAGCUGUCAUGGAUUGGAUUUGGACCGAUACCUCUAUGACGAUAAUGGAUUGGUUUAAAAUGGAAGAUAUAUUUGCCAGUAUUUAUCAAAUUAAGUGCAUGCGCGGCAUGGAAACAGAUUUUCCACAACCACGAGGAGAAAAAAAGACUCAAAUGAGCAAGUAUCUCGCUGGCGGAGGUGCACUUUGUGUCAUAAUAGGUCUUAUAUGGUUCCCUCUCUUGUUGUUCGCACUUGGUGGAACAGUUGGUGUUUCGAAUUUGCCUUACGAGGUGUCGAUGAAAAUAGCUAUAGGACCGUACGAACCGAUUUAUUCGAUGUCUGCACAGACCAGUUCGAUCAUGGAAUACAAAGAAGAAGAAUUUAAAAAUUUUACGGACUUGUAUACUCGGGAUAAAGCAGCGAUUACCUUCUUAGAAAAUUAUAUUAAUACAGAUGUGGCGAUUGUUAAACUUAGUACUUCCUCCGGCAAAUUAUGGGAUAUUUCACCUCCUGACAAAACUAGAUUAAUCAAGGAACUGGAUUCUUCGGCAGACGUCGUUGUUCACAUUGAAUGGACAGUUUCUAGAACAACGAAUGUGAAAGAUUUGUCUGGUAUAACAACGAGCCAUCAUAACGUGGUACUAUUACCAACUGAUCCUACAAGAAGGAUAUUAGCAGACAUGUUAACUGUAAACGAAUUAAGUCCAUCUAAUUCUACAAUAAUUAUACCAUAUUCAUUUCCAAAAUUCCUCAAAGUUACCAGUAAAACCACCGAUGUUGUUCGACAAUUAAUGAAAUUACCGAGCUCACAAUCGUUAAAUGAAGAGGACGUUGAUACGUCCAAUGAAAAACAUCUAUAUAGAAAUAUUAGCCUUCAAUUAUCCAUUGAUCGAGAUUGUUGUGCGCAUCAGCAAUGGUGGGUGAUACAAGAAGUUUGCGACGAUCGUUUUUAUUUAGAAUUAUUGCAAAACAUACCAUUGAAUGAUUGCAAGGAGGUUACGAUGUUCCUUUUCAAUGAUAAAGUAUUUCCAGAAGGAUUGAGCUUUAUCAGUGGAUUUGGAAUUUUGGGUUUGUAUACUACUGCUGUAAUUGUGAUAAGUCAAAUGAUGCGAAAAGUGGUAAGCGAUAUGGCGCCAAAGAUAAUGUUCGACGAUCUACCGUACGUCGACAGAAUUCUUCGAUUAUGUUUGGACAUUUAUUUAGUACGCGAAAGCGGUGACCUGUGCUUGGAAGAAGAUUUGUUUGCAAAACUUAUAUUCUUAUACAGAUCUCCAGAAACCCUUAUCAGAUGGACGAGAUUACCAGAAGAAGGAGAGCGCACUGACAAUGAGGAUCAAGAUGAAGAAGAAGAUGUUAAUGAAGCGGAAGAAAGAGAAACGCGUGAAAGACCUCACCGUGAUUAAAUUAUUAAUAAUCGCAGUUAUAUAUAAUCACGGACCAUCUGAUGACGUAAAAAUGAAAUAUGAUGGCAUAUAAAGUGUGUUCAUUUUAUAAAGUAAAAAUCAAUUCUAAUGACCAAAACGGAAAGUCAACUUCAGGAGUAUGUUAUACUUCGAGGAUUAUUUCUAACGCAUAUGUAGGUGAAAUGAAAGAGUUCUAUAUCAAGGAAGAUUCUUUUCUUAUUGGAAGGAGAUGUUAAAAACGGGAAUACUCUUCAUUUAUCUAAAACCGCAGAGGCAUGCUUCUAAUAAUGAUGCAAUUUAUAAGUGGCUUAUAAAUAAAAAAAGCCUUUGGUAUGCAAGUUUUUAAUAAAAACGACGAAUGCUUUUAGAUUUAAAUUAUGAAUGAAAUGUGGAAUAUACACGCUUUAUUUGUGAGAUCGUGAGAAAACGUAAAAAAUAAUACACGUAAAGAAUAUGUUUAAAAACGAAAAAAAAAAUUGACACACGAAUCGUAUACUGGAAAUAUUUGUUGAUUGCCUCAGUAAUGGCCUAUACAAUUUCACUAAGAAUUUCUCUUCGUAAUUGUACAAAUAUAAUCUACAGAAUCUAUCAUUUGUUAAUGAAUAUAUCAUUCAUUAAAAAACACGUUGAAUUUUUAAUAUGAA